AUGGCACGGCCGGUUAAGAGGCAAGCAGUAGGAGUAGUAGCGGAUGACAUUGAUGAGAAACACCUUUUGGCUUUCAUUGUGAAGGAGAAAUACAGUAAUGAUGAUAAAUGCAAAGAAGAACUCGAGAAAUAUUGUGAAGAGUUGAAGAAAGCAGAUGAGAAUUUCAAAGUGAAUGAUAAAGUUAAAGGACUUUGUGAAAAAGGAAAACAAGAGGAUAAAUGCAAAGAACUGAAAGCCAAAGUUGAAGCAGAAUUGAAAGCUCUUGAAGAGGGACUUGAAGAUGCAUCGGUAGAUGACGUAAAAGAUGAAGAAGUUUGUAAAAAAUAUGAAGAAAAAUGUAUACUUUUAGAAGAGACGGGUUAUAAUGAUCUUAAGGAGUACUGUGUCAACUUGAGGGAAGGAUGUUACAAAUUGAAGCGUGAAAAGGUGGCAGAGGAGCUUCUUUUCAGNGCACUCGGAGGGGAUGCUAAAGAAGAUGGUAAAUGUAAAGGAAAGAUGAAUACUGUUUGCCCAGUGUUNAGCCGAGAAAGCGACGAAUUGAUGACUUUUUGCCUUGAUCCGGAUGAAACGUGUAAAGCGCUGAAAAAAAAAUCAGAAGAAGUUUGCCAGCUUUUAAAAGAAGAUCUUAAAGAUGACAAAUUAGCGGAGAAGUGUCAUGAAAGACUUGAGAAAUGUCAUUUUUAUGGAAAAGCGUGUGAUGGUGCGAAAUGUAAGGAGGAUAAGACGAAAUGCGAGGGAAAAGGAAUCACAUAUAAAGCGCCGGAGUCUGAUUUUAGUCCGGUCAAGCCGAAGCCGUCGUUGUUAAGAAGUAUUGGGUUGGAAGAUGUGUAUAAAAAGGCUGAAAAAGAAGGAAUUAUUAUUGGAAAAGUAGGCGUGGAUGUACCAAGAAGGUUUGGUGAAGAUUUUCUGCAAGAUUUCUUGCUACUCUUGAGCGAAGAUGAGGAUGAUGUGGGGAAGAAAUGCGAUAAAGCGUUAAAAAAAUGUAAUGAUUUUAAGCAUUUGGAUCAUAAUUUUAAAGAGUUAUGCGAUAAUAAUGAGAAAGAAAAGAAAUGUAAAGAAUUACUAAAUGAAAAUGUAAAAGAAAGAUGUACACAUCUCAAAUUAAAUCUUCAUGUGAAAGAUUUGUCUACAGAAUAUGAAAAAGCUAAAGAUUCAGAUCUUUUAUUCUGGAGAGAUCUGCCAACAUUAUUUACGAAGGGAGAGUGUGCAGAACUUGAGUCGGAAUGUUUUUAUUUAAAAAAGGCGUGUCAAGAUAGUAAAAUUGAUCAAGCAUGUCAAAAUGCACGAGCAGCGUGCUAUAAAAAAGGACAAUAUAGGGUCUUGAAUACACUCUUUCGAGAGGGGUUGAAGGGAAAGCUUGGUAAUAUAACAUAUUAUAAUGAAGAUCCUGAAGGAUGUAAAAAAUCAAUGGUAGAAAAGUGUACAGAACUUAAAGAUAAAAAAUAUCUUCCACAAUGUCUUUACCCUAAAGAACUAUGUUAUCUUCUUUCAGAUGAUNUUUUUCUUCAAUCCAAAGAGUUAGGUGUGCUUUUGGAUGAUCGGAGAGAUUUUCCAUUUGAAAAGGAUUGUUUUGAGUUGGAGGAGAAGUGUGAUGAACUUGAAAGGGAUUCAAAUUCGAAUUCUGAAAAGUGUAUAACAUUGAAAAGACGCUGUGAAUACUUNAGAGUUUCAGAGGGAUUUAGAAAAGUAUUUUUAGAAAAAAAGGAUGAUUCGUUAAUGACUCAGGAAAACUGUACGAAGGCGUUGCAUGAGAAAUGCCAUCAAUUAUUUAGAAGGAGAAAGAAUCCAUUUGGGUUUUCAUGUGCUUUGCUAGAAGAAACAUGUAGUUAUAUGGUAUACCAUACAAGUCAAGAUUGUAGAUAUUUAAGAAUCAACAUGGAGAAUGAAGAAAUUCUACAAGAAAUUGAACAAGAAAAGGCAAAAAAAGCAAAUAAAAAUGAAACCUUGGUUGAAGAACUCUGCUCAACAUGGGGCCGACAUUGUCAUCAACUUGUGAAGAAUUGUCCGGAGCAGUUGAAAAAAGAGAAUGGCAAUAAUCAUAACUGCGAAGCACUCGAUGAAAAAUGCAAGGAAACCUUUCAAAAGUUGAAAGCGAAGGAUGAGCUGACUCAUCUGUUGAAAGGCAGUUUAAACAAGAAAGAAAAAUGUAAAGAAACAUUAGAAAAGAAUUGCACUGAGUUGCAAAAGGAUAAUACAUUCAAAAUUCUGCUUAGUGAUUGUGAAGCUAAUGCCUUGGAAAAUGUUUGCGAAAAAUUAGUUGAAAAAGUACAGAAGAGAUGUCCUACUUUAAAAGACGAUCUGAAGAAAGCGAAAGANGAGUUGACAAAGAUGAAGACUGAGUACGAAAAUGCUAAAAAGGCGGCAGAAGAAUCUACAAANAAAGCUAGCUUAUUGCUAUCAAAGUCUGGAAAAGCCGCNAUGCCAACUGCGCAGAAUGGCAGUGAUUCUACACUAGUACCACCACCACCACAAGCACCAGCAGGGCCACCACCACCAGGGUCACCACCACCACCACCAUCACAAAAUGGAACGCCAGGCACACCAGGUGGAGAAACAGGCGCAUCAGGUGGAACGCCAGGCACACCAGGUGGAGGAUCAGGCACACCAAGCAGUGGAACGAUGGGCCCUGCAAAACUUGGACUCGUUAAAAGAGCGUAUGUAGAUGGAGAAGUAUCAGAAGCAGAGGUAAAAGCAUUUGAUGCAACGACGAUAGCAUUGGAGUUGUAUUUGGAAUUGAAAGANGAAUGCAAUGCUUUAGAACUAGAUUGCGGUUUUAAAGAGGAUUGUUCAGAUCUUCAAGUUUGCGGAGAAAUAGACAAGUUAUGCGAAGGAAUAAAACCAUUAGAAAUUAAGCCUCAUCAUACAGAGAAAAUAACAAAUAAGGUGACGGAAACACAGACGGAAACACAGACCGUUGAGAAGGGUGAUGUGAAGACCGNUGNGAAGACCGUUGAGAAGACNGUUACGGUAACCAAACCAGGAAGUGGAGGAAAAGUAACAGAAGAGUGUACAAUGAUACANACNACAGAUACAUGGGUGACNAGNACGUCAUUGCAUACGAGUACGACAACGAGUACGUCAACGGUGACGUCGACAGUGACGUUGACNUCGAUGCGCAAGUGCAAGCCUACCAAAUGUACCACCGAUUCAACCAAAGAGACAGAAGAAGGAGGAAAAGAAGAAGAAGAAGUGAAACCAAAUGAUGGGAUGAAAAUAAGAGUUCCUGAUAUGAUUAAAAUAAUGUUGUUGGGAGUGAUUGUUAUGGGGAUGAUGUAA